AAGAACGAUUCAUUGACGAAUCGGACAGCACUACUGUUAAACCUGACUUGAAACUUCUGUAGUUAGAAAAUCGGCGUCGUCACCAACUAUAUUAGGGAACAAUUGCUAUUGAAUUUUCUAACACACACACACGAAUGGGGUUUAUUUCGACAAACUUUGUACGGAGAUCGUCAGACUGGAGGUAAUCAUGCAUUUAAAGCGCGGAGACCGAUAAGUUAGCUGGAUUGUUUAUAUGGCGAUUUUACCUGUAAGAGUUGAGUUUGCGUGAGUGGCAUGUGUUUGGAGACAUGUCUCAAGCCUCAAGGACCAAGAAACCCGACGUGAAAGUCGUCAUUCUGGGGGACAUGAACGUGGGAAAGACUUCUCUCCUCCACAGAUACACGGAGAGGAAAUUUAAGGACACUAUAAGCACAGUCGGAGGGGCGUUCUUCCUCAAACAGUGGGGACCCUACAACAUUUCUAUAUGGGACACUGCAGGUCGAGAGCAGUUUCAUGGCCUGGGCUCCAUGUACUGCCGUGGUGCAGCUGCAGUCAUCCUCACCUAUGACGUUACCAACUGGCAGAGCCUGGCUGAGCUGGAAAACCGCUUCCUGUCCCUGACCGACACUGCUAACACUGACUGCAUCUUUGCCAUUGUGGGUAACAAAGCGGACCUUACCGACGCUCUCGCUCAAGAGCCAGUCACAGAGAGCGAGCGAAGAGACGAACCCCAGCCUGUGGUCACGUGUCCAACUCCCCCCGCCACUCCGCUUCAGCACAAACAGGUCAGCAGAGAGGACGCCAUGGCCCUGUACGGCCGCGUGCUUCGCUACAAAGGCCUGGAGGAGAAGGCCUGUCUGCCCGCCGACAGGAUGUGCUUUGAGACAAGCGCUAAAACGGGUUACAGUGUGGACGCUUUGUUUGAAACCCUCUUUGAACUGGUUCUGCCCUCCAUCCUGAAGAAAAGGAGCGAGGGAGAGAGCGCCACUGUGGACCUGGAGACGCCAAUGGAGCCAAAAAGGACUAAAGCAGGAUGUUGUGCCUAGAGCUGGACAAACAUAGGAGACGUGAGAAUUGUUGUCAAUCCGUGCCAAAGGAGGAAUGGAUCAAAAUCAUACCUAAAACUAGAAUUCAUGUGAACUACUGCUAUGUACUUGUUUUUUUUUUCUCCAGAGCAGUAUUAAAAAACUUUUGGGGGGAAUUAAAAGAUAGAAGCACUUGAUAAUCAUACAGAAUAGCUGAUUUUUAGUUUUUAUUUUCUGUGAUUUUUUUUCUUUGCAUUAAUGGAAUGAAAUUG